UGCUGGUGGCGAGGUCCCCUUGCAAACACCCCAAGGCCCUGGAAGCACUGAGCAGAAGCAAAACCCACUGUUUCGUGAUGCCCUUCCCUGGCAAGCGGAUCAUGACUGGAAGCCAGGGAUGCCUGAGAGACAUUCUCUGAUCUGAUGAAGAAACGUUGUUUCGGCUUCUCCUCUCCCGCUCAGAUGGCCAUCACCUUCCACAACCAGAGAGUCCUGGACAGGGCCAGCGCAGACCACGCUGUGUUUUUGAGGGAGAAGGAUGGCGACUCCCAGAACAUGUUCGCCUGCCUGAAGGUUCGGCCGAGCAAGAUGGCGGAGCUGUUCGCCGAGCAGCGUGGGCAGUUGCUCUGGCGGUGCCGGACGGACAUGCGGGAGCCGGCGCCGGAGAAAGAGGCCCAGCUGACGGAGCUGGAGGCGGUGCUGACGCGGGAGGCCGAGACCUUCCUGGAGAGCUACGGGAAGCGCUUCAAGAAAUUUGCCAUUUUGGCUGGCGUGGGCGCGGGGGCGCUGGCCCUGGGACCGGUGGGGGGCGCUGCCGGUGCCGGGAUCGCCGCCGCUGUCAUCGCUGCCGAGGCGGCUGGGGUGCUCGCCGUGGCCGAGGUGGUGGCCAUUGGGGUUGGGGCGGGCGCCAUGGCCGGGAUGUGUGUGGGCGGGGGUGUGGGCGGGGGAGUUGGUGGGAACAUCGCCCAGAAGGAUAGGCAGAGGGCCAAGGCUGCUGGCGGCAGGAGGGAGGAGGAGGACGGCACUGAGGAUCUAUCCGACGAGAAACCCCUGAUCUGAUCCGUGCCCCCCCACAAACUGGGGCUGACGAAUGGGGUGACAGGACAGCAGCGUGGCCUGGACACGUCCCCCACAAGCCACCCCAGAGCAGGGAGCCAUUGCCCCCAGAUUCUAAGAAGGGACGUUUAGAUCCUCUCGUCUGAUCUGCUCUGCCACCCAGGCUGGAGAAUGCCGCCCACUUCCCCCUGCCUUGGGCCCGAUAUCUCCUUUGCACUAAAUCAUUUCCCGGAAAGGCGGCCAGUCUGGCUCGGAAUCCGAUAAAGACGGAGACCCCCACCGUUUUCCCGCUGGUGAAUCACCCGCGCUGUGAGAAAUCGGGUGCCUCGUUUCCAACUGGAGUUUCUCGCUUUAACUUGCCGCCCUCGGUUCUCGCUCUGCCUUCCUCCAACGUUGCAGGGCCACUCCGGCUGCAACACAAAGCACUUGGAAACACCCUGCCGACGGUCCUGUCCUGAGAUCACCUGCUGGGGGUGACCGUGGGCGCCUCGCUUAGUUCCUACAGCGGCAGCCCUGUUGUCUGGUCCUGGAGGAUAGAUAUCCAGCCACUCCUCUGAGCGGGAAAGCGGGAGAGGGCACAGAAAGACGUGGAUUGGGUUUCCUGCUCUACGAUGGGCUUCCUCUGUGACUUUGGCCAAGUCACUUAGUUUCUCUGUGCCUCAGUUUCCCAUCUGUAUACUGAGGAUAAUAAUGCAUUGAAAGAUGGUGAGGGGUUUGAGCUCUACUGAGAGAAAGCGCUAUCCAAGAAACAGGCAUCGUUAUUUAUUCUGCGGGAGGGCUAUAAAAGCAUCCAAAGCUAAAGGAUUUUCUGUUCAACACCCAUGAACGCACGCCGAGCAGGGGACACCGUCUGACCAACUCCACAGGAAGGCUCAGCUCCUACCCUUCGGCGCUGGUGAAAAGCCAGGAGUUGGGCUUGAGGAUUUCCAACCAAUGAGGGCUCGGGCUAGGGGUACUCUCCAGCUGUUCCAUGCCCACGCCAGCCUCAGCUGGCGCCUACGAUCCCAUAGACCACUCUAGCGUGAGGUACGGGGUCGGCUCCAUCAUGGCUUUGCAUUGGUGAGCCGGGAGCGCCCCUUCCCAUCACAGAUUCCAAGGCCUGGAUAACAUGGACCUUGACCCUGCCCUGAAUUAAUUCCUGCUUGAACUGGAGUGAUCUGUUAAAGAAACUUCCCGUCUCUAUUUAAAAAUGGACAAUGAUGGCGAAUCUGCGACGACCCUUGGUAAAUUAUUCCAAUUGUUCUCACUGUUAAAAAUUUCUGCCUUACUUCCUGUCUGAAUUUUGUUGAGCUUCAACGUCCAGCCAUCGGAGCAUGUUAGACCUUUCUGUGCUAGACUGAAGGACCCAUUAUGAAAUAUUUGUUCCCCAGGUGGGUACUUAUGGACUGGGAUCCAGUCACCCUUAACCUGCUCUUUGAGUCCUAUCUUCCUAAGAACUCCUUGGAAACCUAAUCUCAGGGCUGCAUGUUUUCAAAGGCUGCACCUCUUGGUAGCUAACAAGAGAAAGCAGAAGUCACUUGAGACUGUGGUCUGCAAAGUGUCCAAUGGGAGAGGUUAGGUUUCUGCUGGAAGGUGGCCAGUCAAGAGGUCUUGGGUGCAGGACAGUCUCAGAGCAAUGGAGGCAUUUAAGCAAUUUCCUUUGUGCCCAACAGGAGGAAAGAUAUUUGGGGUACUGUGUUAGGGUGUCAAUGUAGGGAUGAGUGCGUGCGUGAGUCUGUGAGCACCUGUGAAUGACUGUCAUGGGGAGUGCUAGAGAGUAAUCUCCCAGAUCUAAAUAACUGUGAAGUUCUGACUCUUCGAACCUUGCAUGGUGAGUUCCUAGUUUUGGGACAAGUCUCCACAGAAACCAUCAGCUGUAAUUCGGUUCAGGGAAGAUGCAACUUCUGUUUAACGGAAGGGCUUUAAACUGCUCCUGGGGGAAUUCUGCGCCAAAAAAAUUUAAAAUCCUGCGCAGAGUUUAAAUUUCUGCACAUUUUAUUUAUCAAAAUAACCUUAUAUAAUCACACCAGUUUCAUUUAUUUCAAAAUACCUGUUGGCAAGUAUUUCUGUAACAGUCCAGACACCCAUACAAAUUCCCCCAGGAGUAGAAAGUUGAAGAAACCCUGACAACUCAGUUCCUGCUUUUCUGCCCCCUCCCUCCCCUGCUUCCCCGAGCCCAGCUGUCCCCACCUCCUUAGUCCAGCCAGUAGGCCCUCCUCAGCCCAGCCAUUCACACCUCCUCCCCUGCCCAGAGCCUGCACCUGUCACCCAAACCCCAUCCCAGAGCCUGCAUGCCAGACCACCUCCCCCACCCAAACUCCCUCCCAGCUCCCAACCUCUCACCCCUUCUGCACCCAAACUCACUCCCGGAGCCUGCCCCCCAGUCCCAUACCCCAGACCUGCUCCCCCACCCAAAGCCUUAGGCAGGUGGGGGGCGGAGUUUUGGGGGGCAGGGUCUGGGUCGCAUGAGUGACAUUAUUGGCCCCCUGGGAGGAUUUGAGGACUGGCACUGGCCCUAAGGUAAAUUGAAUUUGAGACCCCUGCCUUAGAUCUACAUGGUUUUUAUGACGUCCAACCCAUGAUUCCCCUGCUGCACACUCAGUGUGUCGUUCUUUUCCUCGCCUUGGAGGACGUGGGGAACAAUUGAUCAGCUUCCUCUUUAGAACAAUCUUUGACAUAUCGGACGACUGUUCUCAGGUCCCUCCCCAGCCUUCUCUUCCCUAAACAUGCCAGGUUCUUUCAACCAUUCCUCAUAGGCCCUGUCUUCUUAAACCGCCGAUCGUGUUUGUCACGCUCCUCUGGACUCUCUCCAAUGUGUCCAUCUGUCUUAAAAUGCGGUGAUGAAAACUGGACAUAGGAUGCCAGUGGAAGCUUCACCAGUGCUAAGUAGAAGGGGACAGUUGCCUCCUGAGUCUGACAUAUGACCUUCCCGUUAAUACACCCCAUGUGACAUUCCCCAUUUUCGCACCCCAUCCCACUCUUGUCUUUGGUGAUUUGCCUGCGUUGAUGACUUGAUUCUAAUAUCGCUGCUGCUAAUUUGGCUACUUGAUCUUAUUUUCACCUCAACUGGAGAAUGGCUGAGUCAGUCGGGUAGAGUUUGUACCGGCUUGGUCUCAGUGAUCUGUUUUCUGGACGUUGUAUUUGUGGUGGGUUGUUUUACUUGUAAUAAAAUGGCUAGAAAGCA